UCGCCCGACAAAAGCAACUAAUGCGUGAUAUUUACAAUAAGACAUGCUCCAAAACCUGCAAAAUCUCCUCCCUACUCCUUCGUCUUUUCGUCAUCACUCUCCUAAAUUUUUCUACAUCCAGAUUCUUUCAUUAUCUCUCUCUUAUUUCUUUAUUUCGCUAUUUUCUUAUAAAAUAUUUCCCAGAUUUCUUCUUUUCUCUGACUCACCCCUAAUUUUUUAAUAUAUAUUUUUCCACUUUUUUGACUACCCAUUAUUGCCAACUAGCCGGCGUAAUUAUAGAAAUAAAUUGUUUUAAAUUUCCCCUUUGAUUUUAAUUUUUGAAAUUAUUUAUUUCCAUUUUAAUGUUAUUCUGUUAGUUAUUUUAUAACAUGUAAAUUUAUUUAGUUACGGUUCUUCAUUUGUCAGUUUCUCGACCUUUUACUCAGCAUAUCAGCUCUGAUCUUUCUUUCCUUUUUUGACUCAAAUGUUCUGAAUUAUAAAUCAUUUUGUCCUGAAAACAGAGCUUUUUAUAUGAUUUGGUGAUAUGUUGUUUUAUAGAUCUGACAUCGUUAUUGAUGCGCAGUGAGAAAUUUGACUGCCCAUCUCAAGGUUAAAUUCUGGGUAAUAUCCAUUUUCUUAGAACUUUGAGUUUUUUGGGGGUAAAAAUUUGAUUUUGUGGAGUGAUUUCAGCUAAAAGGGUGUUCAGGGUUUUGAUUUUGUUAAGGUGAAGUAUACCCAGAAAAGUUUUCAUUUCAGAUACCAAAAAAAGCUGUUAUUUGAGUAAUUUUUUCCCAAUAUAGCUGUUUUUUUUUUUUUUUUUAAUAUAGUUUUUAAGAAUAUACGUAGUUUGAAGGAAGAUGCAAACAAGGGUUAUGUCAUUAGAAGAAGGGAAGGACCCUAGUCCUGUGAUUAGAACAAGGGUUUUGCCAGUGAGACUACUUUUGAUACUGUUCAUGUUCUUGAUUUUAUGUGCUUUAUUUUCAUUCAUUAGUCUAAGUACAUUUAAGAGAUAUGGGUUUGAUGGUAUGGUGGGUGUAGUUAAGCCUAGCUAUCAGCCGUGUAUCGGCGAGUCGAGUGGUUUAGAUCGAUGGAUUAGACCUCCAUCUAAUUUGAUGCAUACAAUGAGUGAUGAAGAGUUGUUUUGGAGAGCUACAUUGGUGCCUAGAAUAAGGAAGUACCCUUUUAAUAGGACUCCCAAGAUUGCUUUUAUGUUCUUGACAAAGGGUCCAUUGCCAUUAGCACCUCUUUGGGAGAGGUUCUUUAAGGGACACGAAGGGCGGUAUUCGAUCUAUAUUCACUCGUUGCCAUCUUAUGACGAGGAGUUUCCUCCAACAUCUGUUUUCUAUAGAAGAAAUAUACCUAGCCAAUUAACGCAAUGGGGGACAAUGAGCUUAUGUGAUGCCGAAAGAAGGCUCCUUGCCAAUGCAUUGCUUGAUAUCUCAAAUGAGCGGUUCAUUCUUCUUUCAGAAUCUUGCAUUCCACUCUACAAAUUUAGCUUCAUUCAAAAUUACAUUACAAAUUCCAAGUAUAGCUUUAUUGGUGCAUUUGAUGAUGUUGGACCAUUUGGGAGGGGAAGAUAUGAUGAGAACAUGGCCCCCGAGGUUAACAUAACCGAAUGGCGUAAAGGAUCUCAAUGGUUUGAAAUUAAUAGAAGACUAGCAAUCAAUAUUGUAGAGGACACCAUCUUUUACCCCAAGUUUGAAGCAUUCUGUAAGCCAAAUUGUUAUGUGGAUGAGCACUAUUUCCCCACCAUGCUAACCAUCCGAGCGGCAAAUCUUUUGGCAAACCGAAGCAUCACUUUGGUGGAUUGGUCAAGAGGUGGGUCCCAUCCUGCUACGUUUGGUAAAGGAGAUGUUACUGUAGAUUUCUUGAAGAAGAUUAGAGAGAAAACGACUUGCACGUACAAUGGUAGAAAUACUACCGUUUGCUAUCUCUUUGCUAGGAAAUUUGCACCGAGUACGUUGGAACCGUUGUUGGAAGUAGCACCUAAGGUUUUUGAUUUUUGACAACAUCUGAUUUUGAAGGUUGCAAACAUGAAAAUUGCAGAGUAUAGAGGAUUUUUCAGAAGUUUCGAUCAUGAAGUAUAAAACUGCAACUUCUAGUUUUUGCUGUGUAGUGUGUAUGCAUGCAGAUGACUUCAUGCUGCAUCCUUUAUCUUAAAUCACCCAGAAUGUUUCUGGUGUACAGCACUGUUAAGCGCACCGGUAUCAUAUUAGGAGUGUUAUUUUGGUGAUACACAUACACUGAUACAUUGAUACUUGUAGAUUUUUAGAAUAAUGAUGGAUGUAAUUGAGGCUUAGAUUUUUUGCACGUUGAUAUUUGUGCAUAGGCGUGUCAAAACAUAAGAUGUUGCAUAAAUUAUUGAAGAAUAUUAGUGAUA